GGGAGGGAGCCGCCACUUCCACCCUCGAAGAAAACAACUUUUCCCCGUGCUGACCUCCCUUCCUCGCCGGCAGGUGUGCGGGGCCUCCGGCCAGUUCGAGUUGGAGAUCCUGUCCAUGCAGAACGUGAACGGGGAGCUGCAGAACGGGAACUGCUGUGGCGGUGCCCGGAGCCCGGGGGACCGCAAGUGCGCCCGCGACGAGUGUGACACGUACUUCAAAGUGUGCCUCAAGGAGUACCAGUCCCGCGUCACGGCCGAGGGGCCCUGCAGCUUCGGCUCGGGGUCCACUCCUGUCAUCGGGGGCAACACCUUCAACCUCAAGACCAGCCGCGGCAAUGAACGUAACCGUAUCGUUCUGCCUUUCAGUUUCGCCUGGCCGAGGUCCUACACUUUACUCGUGGAGGCGUGGGAUUCCAGUAACGACACUCUCCAACCGGACAGCAUCAUUGAAAAGGCUUCUCACUCGGGCAUGAUCAACCCCAGCCGGCAGUGGCAGACCCUAAAGCAGAACACGGGGGUGGCCCACUUUGAGUAUCAGAUCCGCGUCACCUGCGAUGACUAUUACUAUGGCUUCGGCUGCAAUAAGUUCUGCCGACCCCGAGAUGACUUCUUUGGGCAUUAUGCUUGUGACCAGAAUGGCAACAAAACUUGCAUGGAAGGCUGGAUGGGCCCCGAAUGUAACAGAGCAAUUUGCCGACAGGGCUGUAGUCCCAAGCACGGGUCUUGCAAACUCCCAGGUGACUGCAGGUGCCAGUAUGGCUGGCAGGGCCUGUACUGUGACAAAUGCAUCCCGCACCCGGGGUGCGUCCACGGCACCUGCAACGAGCCCUGGCAGUGCCUCUGUGAGACCAACUGGGGCGGACAGCUCUGCGACAAAGAUCUCAAUUACUGCGGGACUCACCAGCCGUGUCUCAAUCGGGGAACGUGUAGCAACACGGGUCCUGACAAGUACCAGUGUUCCUGCCCUGAGGGCUAUUCAGGACCCAACUGUGAGAUUGCGGAGCACGCCUGCCUCUCUGAUCCCUGCCACAACAGGGGCAGUUGCAAGGAGACCUCCCUGGGGUUUGAGUGUGAGUGUUCUCCGGGCUGGACCGGCCCCACGUGCUCCACAAACAUUGAUGACUGUUCUCCAAAUAACUGUUCCCAUGGGGGCACCUGCCUGGACUUGGUUAAUGGAUUUAAGUGUGUGUGCCCACCCCAGUGGACUGGCAAAACGUGCCAGUUAGAUGCAAAUGAGUGUGAGGCCAAACCCUGUGUCAAUGCCAAAUCCUGUAAGAAUCUGAUUGCCAGCUACUACUGUGACUGCCUCCCAGGAUGGAUGGGCCAGAACUGUGAGAUCAAUAUUAAUGACUGCCUUGGCCAGUGUCAGAAUGACGCCACCUGUCGGGAUUUGGUUAAUGGUUAUCGCUGUAUCUGUCCACCUGGCUAUGCAGGCGACCACUGUGAGAGAGACAUCGAUGAAUGUGCCAGCAACCCCUGUUUGAAUGGGGGUCACUGUCAGAAUGAAAUCAACAGAUUCCAGUGUCUGUGUCCCACUGGUUUCUCUGGAAACCUCUGUCAGCUGGACAUAGAUUAUUGCGAGCCCAACCCCUGCCAGAAUGGUGCCCAGUGCUACAACCGUGCCAGCGACUAUUUCUGCAAGUGUACCGAGGACUACGAAGGCAAGAACUGCUCCCACCUUAAAGACCACUGCCGCACGACCCCCUGUGAAGUGAUUGACAGCUGCACGGUGGCCAUGGCCUCCAACGACACGCCUGAAGGGGUGCGGUAUAUUUCCUCCAACGUCUGUGGUCCCCAUGGGAAGUGCAAGAGUCAGUCGGGAGGAAAAUUCACGUGUGACUGUAACAAAGGUUUCACCGGGACGUACUGCCACGAAAAUAUUAACGACUGUGAGAGCAACCCCUGCAAAAACGGAGGCACCUGCAUCGACGGUGUCAACUCCUACAAGUGCAUCUGCAGUGACGGCUGGGAGGGGGCCUACUGUGAAGCCAACAUUAACGACUGCAGCCAGAACCCCUGCCACAACGGGGGCUCCUGUCGAGACCUGGUCAACGACUUUUACUGUGACUGUAAAAACGGGUGGAAAGGAAAGACCUGCCACUCCCGCGACAGCCAGUGUGACGAGGCCACGUGCAACAAUGGUGGCACCUGCUAUGAUGAAGGGGAUGCUUUCAAGUGCAUGUGUCCGGGAGGCUGGGAAGGAACGACCUGUAACAUAGCCCGAAAUAGUAGCUGCCUGCCGAGCCCCUGCCACAACGGGGGCACCUGUGUGGUCAACGGCGAGUCCUUCACGUGUGUCUGCAAAGAAGGCUGGGAGGGGCCCAUCUGCACUCAGAAUACCAAUGACUGCAGCCCUCAUCCCUGUUACAACAGUGGCACGUGCGUGGACGGAGACAACUGGUACCGGUGCGAGUGCGCCCCUGGUUUUGCCGGGCCUGACUGCAGAAUAAACAUUAAUGAAUGUCAGUCUUCACCCUGUGCCUUCGGGGCAACCUGUGUGGAUGAAAUCAACGGCUACCGGUGUGUCUGCCCUCCAGGGCACAGUGGCGCCAAGUGCCAGGAAGUUUCAGGGAGACCUUGCAUCACCAUGGGGGGCGUGAUACCCGAUGGGGCCAAGUGGGAUGAUGACUGCAAUACCUGCCAGUGCCUGAACGGAAGGAUCGCCUGCUCUAAGGUCUGGUGUGGCCCUCGACCUUGCCUGCUCCACAAAGGGCACAGCGAGUGCCCCAGCGGGCAGAGCUGCCUCCCCAUCCUGGACGACCAGUGUUUCGUCCGCCCCUGCACGGGCGUGGGCGAGUGUCACUCCUCCAGCCUCCAGCCUGUGAAGACCAAAUGCGCGUCUGACCCCUAUUACCAGGAGAACUGCGCAAACAUCACCUUCACCUUCAACAAAGAGAUGAUGUCCCCGGGUCUUACCACGGAGCACAUUUGCAGUGAGUUGAGGAAUUUGAAUAUUUUGAAGAAUGUGUCCGCUGAAUAUUCAAUCUACAUAGCUUGUGAGCCUUCCCCUUCGGCGAAUAAUGAAAUACAUGUGGCCAUUUCUGCUGAAGACAUACGGGAUGAUGGGAACCCUAUCAAGGAAAUCACUGACAAGAUUAUAGACCUCGUUAGUAAACGUGACGGGAACAGCUCACUCAUUGCUGCCGUGGCGGAAGUGCGAGUUCAGAGGCGGCCCCUGAAGAACAGAACGGAUUUCCUGGUCCCUCUGCUGAGCUCGGUCCUGACCGUGGCUUGGAUCUGUUGCCUGGUGACGGCCUUCUACUGGUGUGUGCGGAAGCGGCGGAAGCCCAGCAGUCACGCCCGCUCGGCCUCGGAGGACAACACCACCAACAACGUCCGGGAGCAGCUGAACCAGAUCAAAAACCCCAUCGAGAAGCUCGGGGCCAACACAGUCCCCAUCAAGGACUACGAGAACAAGAACUCCAAAAUGUCCAAAAUAAGGACACACAACUCGGAGGUGGAGGAGGACGACAUGGACAAGCACCAGCAGAAGGCCCGGUUCGCCAAGCAGCCGGCGUACACGCUGGUAGACAGAGAGGAGAAGCCCCCCAACGGCACGCCCGCCAAACACCCGAACUGGACAAACAAACAGGACAACAGAGACCUGGAGAGCGCCCAGAGCCUAAACCGCAUGGAGUACAUCGUAUAGCAGACGGCGGGCGCCACUCCACCGCUAGGUAGAGUCCGAGGGCACGCGGGGCUGUAGUUCUCUAACUGUCUAGUCCAGGCUGAGGCUGUUGAUGACUUAGAAUCCCUGUGUUAAUUUAAGUUUUGACAAGCUGGCUUACACUGGCAAUGGUAGUUUCUGUGGUUGCCUGGGAGAUCGAGGGCUGCAUCUCACAGCUAUGCAAAAUCCAGGCCCAAGUGCCCUGGGGCACGGUUCCUGCAGCCUACAGGUCUGGGACCAGCGCCCAGGAGAAGGCCUGGCCCCUAGGCCUCGAGCUGCCACUUCUGCCAGAUGUCCCGAUGGUGAUGCAGUCUUAGGAGCAUAGUUUUAUUUAUAUUUAUUGACUCUUGAGUUGUUUUUGUAUAUUGGUUUUAUUAUGACGUACAAGUAGUUCUGUAUUUGAAAAGUGCCUUUGCAGCUCAGAACCACAGCAACUAUCACAAAUGAGUUUAUUAUUUAUUUUUUUUAUUGUAUUUUGUUGUUGUUGGGGGCGGCGGGGAGGGGGGGGACUUUGAUGUCAGCAGUUGCUGGGUAAAAUGAAGAAUUUAAAGAGGAAAAAUGUGUCAAAAGUAGAAUUUUUUUGUAUAGUUAUGUAAAUAAUUCUUUUUUUAUUAAUCACUGUGUAUAUUUGAUUUAUUAACUUAAUAAUCAAGAGCCUUAAAACAUCAUUCCUUUUUAUUUAUAUGUAUGUGUUUAGAACUGAAGGUUUUUGAUAGCAUUGUAAGUGUAUGGCUUUAUU